CGUGGGUGCCCACGUGUGGCGGUGGAGGCCGCGCCGCGAGUGACCGCCGUGUCGGGGCUGGUGCCGGGGGCUGCGGCUGCACCUGCACCGCCCGCCGAGCUCUCCCCUCCUGUCCCCGCUGCGGAGAGGCUCCGCAACCCCGCCGGAGAUGUCUGGGGCGCGGGAGAAGAAGCGAGCCAAGAAGAUGAGGAACCAGCCGGCCAGCGUCACGCUGCCCGCAGAGCCGGGGCCCUUCGGCGGCGGCGGGAGCAGAGCCUGCCCCACCCCAGGAGAUGUUCGUUCUGAGCAGCAGCAGCAGCAAUUUUCAAAUCAGUCAUCUGGGCCUUCUUACAGGAAAGACCAAUAUUUUUCAAAGGGACAGAGUAGAGGAGAGAGAGGCAGAGGCAGAGGAGGAUGGCAAGGAGGACACCAGAGCAUAUCUGAGGAGAUGCCAAAAUACAUAACAGUGUCUGCCUUUGCUGAAGCUCGUGCUGCUGAGAUCAGUGCCAUGUUGAAAGCAGUGUCACAGAAGUCUUCCAACUCUCUGGUGUUCCAGACCCUCCCCAGGCACAUGCGGAGGCGAGCAAUGAGUCACAACGUUAAACGCUUACCCAGGCGCCUCCAGGAGAUGGCCAGGAAAGAGGCAGAGAAAGCUGUGCAUCAGAAAAAAGAACAGUCAAAGACUAAAUGCCGCAAAGCUAGAAGACGCCACAUAAAUUUGGUAGCAGAGUUUAAUCACAGGCAAAGAAAAAAUAUUUGGCUGGAAACCCAUAUUUGGCAUGCAAAGAGAUUUCAUAUGGUAAAGAAAUGGGGUUACUGUUUAGGAAACAGCCCUACAGAGAAGAGCUACAGGGCUUGUUACCGAGCCAUGACAAAGCAAUGCCUUCUUCAGGACUUAUCAUAUUAUUGUUGCCUGGAGUUGAAGGGUAAAGAGAAUGAGCUUCUGAAGCAACUUGCUCGAAUAUGUAGCAUUGACACAGGAUUGACAUUUCAAGAGGCUUCUUGUCUGUCUGGAAGAUUUGAGGGCUCCCUGAAUCUUUACCAAGCAGAUCGCUAUCCUGAGGGUAUGCUUGGUCCUGUUACAUUUAUUUGGAAGCCCAGGGAUGGGUCUGAAAACAGACAGUUGUGGAUCUGGGUGCAUCCAGCUCUGAAGCAGGACAUACUGAAGGAGUUAAAAGCAAUUUUUCAGUGUUCAGAGCCUGAAGAAGUCUGUAUUUCUGAGCCUGUUACAGCAUCAGUUCAAGAGGAAAAACAAGUGGAAGUUGUUAUGAGCCUUGGCAAUAAAAGAAAGAAGGAGGAUAAAGAAGGAGAAAAAGCUGUGCCAGUGAAAAAAAUAAUUGGUGACGGCACUAGAGAUCCAUUCCAGUCCUACUCUUGGAUCUCACGGACUACUGGCAUUGCAGUCAGUGACAGAAGCAUGGAGAUUCUCAGAUACCGGCUGAUCGGCCCAUUAUCACACCGCAUCCUCACAGAGACCCUGAAGGCAGCUUCUGUCCAAACAGAGAUGGCAGAUUCAGAAACAGAACUGAAUAACUGGUGGGUAGAAAACUGCAAGGACUCUGAAAAAGUAUCUCUUCAUCAAUGUCAAAGUGCUAUCUUUGAGCUGUUGGAAGGGAUGACCUCACCGUCAGAUAUGCCACCAGGUACGAUACUUGGCCUCACUGUUGGAGAUCCUCGAGUCAAUUUGCCAAAAAAGAAGACAAAAGCCAUGCCAGACUUUGAAAAAUACCAAGAUAAUGAUAAAGUUAGGCAGCUGUACCUGAAGGGUGUACCUGCAGACUGUGCUCACAGCUUUAUCUGGGACCAUGACAUCUGUAAGAACGUCACUGAAAAUAAAAUCUCAGAGCAGGAUUUAAACCAUAUGAGAGCUCAGUUACUGGUACCUGGAUCACAUCUUGAUUUGGGUCCUUGUGAAUCUAAGAUUCCCAUACUGUUGGUGCAGCAGCCAGGCAAAAUGGCUGGAGAAGAUCGACGAGGAUGGGGGAGUGGCUGGGAUAUCUGUCUCCCAAAGGGCUGGGGCAUGGCUUUCUGGAUUCCUUUUAUAUAUCGAGGUGUACGAGUCGGUGGCUUGCAAGAGGCAUUAAAGCAUUCUGAAUACCAAAGAACACCUCACACUCCAAAUGAUUUCCCAGACUGCCAGGCAGGAAUGCAGUUUGCCAAAGAACUGGAAACAAGUCUUCUUGAAAAAUUUAAACGACGUCCACCUGCAAAAAGGGCAAAUUAUAUCAAGCUGGGCACUCUGUCUCCUUUCAUCUGUCCUUGGGGGCAGCUGACCAAGAACUGGGAAGGAAGAAUGAAAGCUUCAGGAGGAUUUUUAUGUCCUUCUUCCCCACAUCCUGACUGCUGCACAACUGAAGGGCAGACCCUUUGUGACCCCAAGGCAGAAGCGGUCAGAGAAGCUUUUCCUGAGAAUGGUGAGGCAGAGGAGACCAUGGAAAUAACAAGUUCUGAAGGUGCCCUAAAGACAGAGGAUCUUACAAGCACCCAAGAUUUUGGUGAGAGAGAUGAAACUAAGACAAGUGACUGUAUUGUUCUCAGGAGUGAGAAACUACUAAUGCAGCUGUCAGCCUGGUGUUACCCCACUGCUGGGAAAGAUCGGCGGAUCCGCCUCGUUUCUCGGCUGGGACAGAAGGAAAUGACUGAAGACGUGUUUUUGCCAAUUUUGAUGAGUUACCCAAGGGCUCUUGUCUGGGUCCAUUUGUCACUCUUGAGAAAGGGGAACCCUGAAUUACAUGCCAUGAUUUGCAUCCCAACAGAAGAUGACUUGCUGCACCUAAGCAAAGACAAACUCUUCUGUGGCCCACAAGAACCCAAGCAUCGUGACAUAUUCAAAGACAAGGUACAGAAGCAAAAAGAGGAGAAGAAGAAGAAGAAGAAAAAGGAUAACGUGAAGUCCCUAGAGAGUGACCCUGCAGGCAUUCCAGAUGAAGAAGCAGCUGAGGACCAUGAAGACCUCGUUCUCGGUCUUUGGUCAGAUGCUCUCCCAGAUGUUACUUCCCACUGCUCCAGGACUGUCUUGGGGUAUGUCACUCGAGGGGAUUUUUCAUUGGCUGUAGGCUGUGGAGAAGCACUGGGUUUUGUUAGCUUGACUGGGUUAAUUUAUAUGUUACACAACCAGCCAGCAGAUAAGAAAGGGCUUGUUUUGUUAAGGACUCCAGCAUCUUUACAGUACAGGUUUGCAAGACUUACUAUUGAGGUUUAAGCAUCAUUGCAGUGCAGUAGAAUGCCAAAAAUACCAAAGAAUUUUGUUUUGUAUUCUGUGGCCUUUCUGAUUUUUCUCAAAUUUGAGGUUAUUCUGAGCCAAAACAGCUCUAUGAAAUAAUUAAAAAGCUUUUCUGCCUUAUUCAAGAAAAUAACUAAUAUCUAAAGAGAGUAGAGUUACUUUUGAUGUCUGCAUUGCUAAGGAUUUCUAACAGAUCAUUAUCAUGAUCUUCUUUAUCUCUAAAGAAGCAUAUUCUUCCAUUUUUUCUCCUCAAAGCAGUGGAUGCUGUAACAAUAUACAGGAAAUCAUCAUGUUAAUUUUAGAAGUCUUUGCUCAGAUGGACUGUAAAUUUACAGUGCACUUUCACAUGUAACUGCAUGCAGUCUGAUCCAGUGUAUAUAGCAAGUGGCUUUCCUGAUUCCUCGUAUCUGAAUAGGGGUGGCUGCAGUGCACCAGAGCUAUGCAGAGAAAGCUGAAUGCCUAAAUGAAAUACGAAUAAAAUAUAGACCAGCUGUGCCAUUUUGAAUUAUAGCAACUGGAGCUUUUAAACUGGAGAGCGUAUCAGUCUGUCUCCCUGUUCUGAAAGGUAAUAAGCCUUACAGAUGCAAAUUGCUACUGAAUGCCACAGUGGGUCAGCACAUAUUUUCUGUUAAUAAUAGGGGAUAUUUUUGUUCCUCAAAACCUGAAUUUAGUUUUGUAUGGAAUGUGCUAGAAUUGAAGAUUUCUUCAUGUUACAGUACAGUUCAUGAAUGUUGUUCAAACAAACAUAAAACUUGUAAAAUAUGCUAUGGCGUAAAGGGAGAAAGCUGUUUGAUUUGCCUGGGGUAGUGUGGGUAGGUUGUUUGUGUUUGGUAUUCUGUUGUUUGGGUUUUUUUAAUGAUAGCUUUAAGCAUCUAGCUGUUCCUGAGUUAAGGAACUUGAAAAGGAAUUUACAGUAAUAUGCUGUAGUUUAGGAGCAGCAUGAUACAAAUAUAUGUCAGUUGGUAAAAUUAUCCUGAAAUGAUCAUGUACAAAUAAAAAUGUAAUGUAUUCUGGAGUUAAUAGUCUGUUGACUAAAUUUGAUUCUUAGAGAAAUUAAGUAUGGAUUAGUUAAUGACUUUUUCUUUCUAAAUGUCAGUGUUCAACUUAAUUUCCUCUUUCACAGUCUUGUUUGAAAGUCUUAGGCAAAUUUAUUAAUGUUGGCUGGAGUUGUUGGAGGCAAGAUUUAGUGUGCCUUUACCCUCAAAAUUAUUAAAAUAUAGGACCAUUUAAAUAUGGCACACACAUGGGGAAGGAGGAGGAACAUCUGAUUGCAAGGGAAAUAUUGGAAGUGGGGCUGGAUUUUGUUUUUAAAGUCUUCAGAAGAUGGACUGUAGAAUGUGCACCAGCAAUGGGAGUUGUGGUGGCAUGUGGGAAAGAAAGACGCAGUUUCCAGCGCAGCUUGGAUUGCAGCUCCCUGAGAAAUCAUGCUGAAAAUGGCUCUUCACUGCUCACCUUUGAUGCACCUGAUAAAGCAAUCAUGGUCCCAGCAAGGUCCUGGGAAGCAUCUGCAGGAAAGCCAGCAGAUGGCCCCAGAGGAAAGAGUUUGCUUCUGGCAGGGCUGGGAUUCACACGCUCCUGGCUGUGACUGUGAGUGCUGCAGCCUGUAGGUAUGUGAGAAUAAGGAGCCCCUUAAACUUUACAGCCUGGCUGCUCUGAUCAAGUUCUCUCAUGGUAAUAAUCCUGGAUGUAAUGAACCUUUUGAAUUGUAAGCCUGACUGAAAUAUUUCUAGGAUCACAGUUUCCAGAGCUGUGCUUCAUGGGAAGAAAGGAGGGCAUGUGAUGUUUGUAUGAUUUUUUCCUCAUCACCUCCCUCAUCUUCUUAAUAGAUAGAUAUUUACUUACCUCAGUAGACGUGGCUUGUAUGUGAGAAAUAAAGAGAAGCCUCUA